CUGUUUUCUUUUACUGUGUUGUUGCCUCUGAAUCGAAUUCGGAACUGCGUUAAUAAUGGGAAACAGAACAAGCAAAAAUUCAAUGAAGACAUCGGCCAAGGUCUACACGAGGGAACUGAGAGCGUACGAGGCUGCAUGUAAAGAAGACACGGAGAUCCAGUCUUUCGACACGCGUAUGCACGCACGGACGAGUCACGUGAUAAGCACACUAGCUAAGGACGUUGAGGUUCGAGCGCUCUCGUUCGAUUCCUUGAAAGAAGUGACGCAGUUUUUGUUGGAGAUGAACCAAGAAGUUGUGAAAGUGAUCUUGGAUUGCAAGAAAGACAUAUGGAAAGAUAAAGAAAUGUUUGAGCUCGUUGAAGAUUACUUUGAGACUAGUUUGAAGACGCACGAAUUCUAUGAUGCUUUGGCGGACAGCCUGCAGCGGGUUCUUAGUAAUCACCACUUGAUUCUUGGUGUUCUUCGGCAGUUUGAAGAAGAGAGCCUUGUUCAAGGCAAAACUUUUAUUUUUUUCCUCUCUUUUAUUCGUGGUUUUAAACAGAGAAUGGGAAAACUUAAAAUAAAACGUUCUUACCUUUUUAACACUUCGAUUUAUAUUUUUGGUUUUGGCAGGUGGGAACGGAUACAAGAAGACACUUGAAAAGCUGAAGAAUUUCGAAGACGUACAGAAUCCUUUCGGCCAAGACUUCUUCAACAUGUUCCAA